GGAAGAUGCCCCAACAUUAUCACAGCUGUCGUGGAUGGUCUGCUUUCAGCAUAAUUACAGCAUCGUACAUGCGUACUUUUGUCUUGACAGUCUCGCAAUUUGCCUUGGCGCCAAUAGAUAGCCAUGCAGCAUCGGUGGACUUCCCAAACCAUCAUAGUCUAUUGACUAUUGGUCUCUUGGGGAGAAGUAUUUAGUGUUACAAUACGGAUUGAGCUCGUACAGAGCUUCCAGACCAGGAAGGUGAUGAAGA